AUGCUCAACGGAACGAAUAUCUUCAGUUAUGACUAUCUUUGUCGGGAAAUCAAUAUGAUGAACCACUUAGCUACAGAGCUGAGCGGAAGAAAACGAGCGGCUUGGGGAGAUUUCAAAAGCAUCGAGGAUGUAGUGAAGAGAACAAAGAACUCCCGACUCCGUACCCACCUUUUCGACCUAACGGCUUCGAUUCUUCGCCAACUGUCCAAUAUUCGGAAUGUUGUGCCAUUAUUGGCAACGAUAGACACCAAUGAUGUGAGCUAUUUGGUGUUUCCAUUCUACCGAAAAGGUUCCGUAGGAGACGAACUUUUGCGAAGGCGCUCCAAAAGCGACUAUUUCAGUCAGGCUACGGUAAGUGCUCCCUUGGCAGUUAUGGGUUAUGCGGCUUCUGACGGUUCUACUCGUAAAGUGGCGAAUUUUCUGCUAACCGAUGACGGAACACCACUUCUUACCGAUUUCGGCUCAGCAACGAGAGUUCCUAUUACAAUUGAUUCUGCACGCGAGCAGCAAUAUAUGGUUGAUGAAGCUGCCGAGAUGUGUUCGAUGCCGUACCGUGCACCGGAAUUGUUUGACUGUCAAAUCGGUUCCGUGAUUACAGAAGCUGCCGAUAUUUGGUCACUUGGUUGCUGUCUCUAUGCUUUGUGUUAUUUUGUCUCACCAUUUGAUCUUGUCUAUGAAAAAGGUGACAGUGUCGCGUUGGCCGUGCAAAGUCCGGGGAAGAUCCAGUACCCCGAUGUGAAGCUAUUUGAUAAACAUUUGAUCGACGUGAUGCGUCGUCUGCUUGUUGUCGAGCCAAGCCAACGAUUAUCCUUAGAAGAAGCUGUAAACAUGUUAACAUUACUCGAAACAAAUUCUAAAGAUACUCGCGAUGACGCUGUGAUUGUCUAG